AUGGGAACUUACUUAAUAUUCUGUCAGACAGCUGCUAUCAAUGGCCCUUUUGGGAUUGAAUCUUUUCAUGUUGAGAGCAUCAUGGCGGGAGGCAAUAAUGCAGGGCAUACAGUUGUUGUGGAUUCUGUGGAGUAUGACUUUCAUCUUCUGCCAAGUGGGAUCAUCAAUCCAAAAGUGACUGCUUUCAUUGGAAAUGGCGUCGUAAUUCAUUUGCCAGGACUCUUUGAAGAAGCUGAAAAAAAUUUAAAGAAAGGAAAACGGCUCGAAGGCUGGGAAAAAAGACUAAUAAUUUCUGACAGGGCUCAUAUUGUAUUUGAUUUCCACCAAGCUGCUGAUGGCAUCCAAGAACAACAGAGGCAAGAACAAGCAGGAAAGAAUUUGGGAACUACCAAAAAAGGAAUUGGUCCAGUGUAUUCUUCAAAAGCAGCUCGAAGUGGACUCAGAAUGUGUGAUCUUGUUUCUGAUUUUGAUGAAUUUUCUGAGAGGUUCAAAGUGUUGGCCAAUCAGUACAAGGCAAUAUAUCCUACCUUAGAGAUAGACAUUGAAGGGGAGUUGAAGAAGCUCAAGGGCUGCAUGGAAAAAAUAAAACCAAUGGUAAGAGAUGGUGUUUAUUUCAUGUAUGAGGCUUUACAUGGACCACCAAAGAAGAUCUUAGUAGAAGGUGCAAAUGCAGCACUGUUGGACAUAGAUUUUGGCACAUACCCUUUUGUGACUUCAUCCAACUGCACGGUUGGAGGUGUCUGUACAGGUUUGGGCAUGCCACCACAGAACGUCGGGGAGGUGUACGGAGUCGUGAAAGCAUAUACAACCAGAGUUGGAAUUGGUGCCUUUCCCACAGAACAAAAUAAUGAAAUUGGAGACUUGCUGCAAGUGAGAGGUAAAGAGUUUGGUGUUACCAGUGGCAGGAAGAGGAGAUGUGGCUGGCUGGACCUUGUGUUACUCCGAUAUGCCUACAUGAUUAAUGGAUUCACUGCAUUGGCACUUACCAAAUUGGAUAUCUUGGAUGUGUUUCCAGAAAUCAAAGUUGGUGUUGCAUACAAACUAGAUGGUGAAAUCAUACCUCAUUUUCCUG